AUGGCAGAGCUCCAAGGUAUUCGGACUGACCUGCGUGGUCUGUACCAGGACCUCUCUGCUGUAUCAGAAGGACACCUUGACAAUGUGGAACGACUCUGUUUCGAAUUGGAGGCUCACAUUCAAGACUUCCGCAAGCUCCUCGACAAACCCGCAAAGAACAAUGCCAGUCGCCAGGCAGUCCUCUCAGGGAAGAUUACCGUUGCGGAGGUUGAAUAUUCGGUCAACACGGAUUUCCAGCAGGGCGCGCUACAGCUAGCUGAUGCCUUGGACAUUGAUGAAUUGCAAGCUGCCGAGAUGUUUUUAGCCGCCCAGGAAGACUCCCAGGCGAUGGAUCGACCCCCUCUAAUCGCAGCCAUCCUAUCCUUCCAUGAGCGCCGCCUGUUUACUCUGGAGUGUCUACGCCUCAUUUUCAAAGAAGCCCACGAAUUCGAACGCAAAGAAACCCUAGGGGUCAUGCAAGAAACCUUAUCCCACGUCCUCGAAAUCAAGGGCAGUUCUUUACAAAAUGCUUCCCUCUUUGCACGCAAGGCUCUGGGUUCAAUGGAGGACAUUGAAAGAUGGAUAACGCUUCUUGGAGAUCAAGCUCAAAAAGCCACUCUCGUUGGCCAGGAUACUGACAGCGAUGUCAUGGAGGCUAUUAAUUUCCAGCGUGGUAGUCUCCGGCAGCAGCACGAAUCGCUUGGAGCCAUUAUCUUCUACAUGUUCAAGGACACUUACACGAGUCCCGAAGACUUCCGCGCUCUCGUGGGGAAAUUGAAAGCCCUGGAUCGGUUCGACGGACAACUAUUCGACUACAUGCCUGUUACGAUUGCCGCCUUUGUGCAACAUGGUUCCCCCGAAGGGUCUGGAUCUGAGAAAGUGGCCCGGGAUUUGAACAAAUUGAUGACAUCGCCACAAGAGAGCCAAGGUUGGAAACUACCGAACUUCCAUGCAUGCCUUACUGCUUUGUGGAUCUCGGUUUACAGCGGAUGGUAUUUUGAUGGAAUGACAUCUCCCUCAGUCGAUGCCGAGAAAGAAUCCGAACAGCGCACCAAGACUUUCAUGACCUCCCUUGACGAUGGAGCUCUUGAUUUCAUGUUGGCCAUAUGCUCUACGGUCAAUGACCAGGAAUGGGCGGAUCCCGCACGAAGCGAGCUAGUUUCGCUACUUCUAAGGGAGAGCGUAGUCUCAUUGCCUGAGUCCGAGUCUUGCUCCGCCUUCAUGAAACAGCUGUUGAUGGAGAACUUUGAAGUCUUUGUGGAGACCUGCAUCGCCAAUAUGCCUGAUGCAGUCCGACAAUUGAAGUCCGAGGAGGACUCGCAGCGCCUAGAGCAAAUUACCGCACUUCGCGAUGGUCUCACUUCCAAUCUCCACCGUGGGUUGGUUGAGGCGCGCACUCACCUCGAGUCCCUUCUGAUGAUUAUUGCGUUUGCAUUUGAGCAUCGGGAGGAGGCUGCUCAAGAAUUCUGGGGCGAUCCAGAUGGCAACCUGUAUGGCUUCCUUCAAUGGGCGUCCAAGCGGCAAACCGUUCCUCGAGUGAGCGCUUUCUGCGAAAUGCUGUGCUCAAUCUCUGAGGGCGAGGAAAACGCAGCUGCAGCGCACAAAUUUUUGACGGAAGAAGAAAGGUUUAUGUCUACCAAGUUCAAGCGGUCUACGACUAUGAGCUGGUCACAAAUGUUUGCCGAGCUCAAGCUCUACGCAUCUCGCGUCACCGAAAAACCUUCCGGUGGAACAGCAGCUGUACAGGGACCGAGCAUGUAUCUCGGACGCAAGCCAGAGCCUGUAGAGAUGAAUGAGCCUGAGAGCCCUGUUAUGCUGACAUGCUACCUUCGAUUGAUGGGUCAUCUUUGCAAGCAGAGUGAAGUGAUCCGUCAGUGGAUGUUGCAAAACGAGACCUUCGACGUGGCCAACACUCUGUUGGAUCUGUGCAGUGGGUCCAUUCCAACGCACCUUCGUGCAACGAUUUUCUCAACUCUUUCAUUCCUUAUGACCGACAAAUCUUCCCUCGUCGGAAAUGAAAUGUGGACACGUCUCGACGGAUGGUUGUCAGGAGGAUCCAUGAGCGCAAGUAUUGGGAAAUUGCCAUUGGUAUCCAAUCCCGCUAUGUUGCAUCAGCAACAGGCCUUGAAGACAAUUGGAGAGAGUUUUGAUCAGACCAAUGCAUUUGUUGCUCUCAUCAACUCACUCGUAUCAACUCCGUCAGAUUUGUUUGAAGACAUCAUGGCACUGUCCUUCCCGGAGGCAUUAGGUGGUACCUAUCGCAUGUCCGGAAUCGAGCCCUACAUCGAUUUUGUCUUGGGGCAUGCCUUUUCCCGGAAAAUGCAGGAUCUCAGCGAGUAUCAAUCUCGCCUGCUCAACUUUGGCUGUCUCGAAUUUGUGGUAGUAAGCCUGAGGUCUUUCAAUCAAGAUCUGGUCAUGGUCUUGGGCGAGCCAUCUAUAUCCGAUUCUCCAGAGCAAACCUCCUCACUUCUCGCUUAUGUUUGCGCUCAUCCAUUUGCACGUGUGCUGGACUGGUUCUUCAAUGAGAAUGUUCUCAAGGCUCUGUUCGCAGUCUCCAAACAGAACACUCCAGAAGUUGUCAUCUCGCCAUCAGACUCUCUCCUGGUUUUGACCUUGCUCCGAAGCCUCGAGGUCAUGGACCUCCUCGUUGAUCUUCAGUCCACCUACUUCAACAUUGUCAAGCCGAUAAUACGUUCCCAGCCUGGGGCAUCCCGGACAUUUGUGGCCAACUCCUCACUCGCCUCGUUCGAGGAUAGUGUGCUGAACAAUCUCUCGCUCAUCACGUCCUUGUGUAUGUAUUGCAGCACAGGACAUCAGCAACUCACAAUAACAUCAAUGACUCUUCUGGAAAAACUCACCAGCUCCAGGAAGCUCAACAGAAUGAGCUCUCCUGAACUUACCAAGUGGCAAUCUUCCAACAAGAUCGUGGAAGUACUGGCAUCUGAGGUCAAUAUGGAUAGCAUUACCUAUCCGCUUGUUGACCAAAUGAAACCGGAUGCCCGAGAAUUCGCAUUCGGUCCUGCUGCAGGCGGCUAUGUCAUUCGGGAGAAGCUUCUCGCUCUCCUCAACACCUGCCUAGAAUACAUCACCGAUCGUCCGACAGUAGCUCAUCUCCUGCUAGGUUUUGAGUGUGUGGGUACUAUCCUCGAUGUGUCAUCGGAAGGGCUGUUCGCAAACCAAACAUCUUUGCUGCAUGCCCUCAUUGAUUUCCUGAGGACUUAUCCCGAGGAAAUCAAUGGAACCAUCAUGUCUUGGGCGGUGCAUCUCAAACGCAUGGCUAUCGAGGUCUUGAAACAUCUCUGGUCGUCCAAGCUGGCCAGCUUUUACACACUGGGUGAAAUGCGUGCUCAGAGAUUCCUCUGCGAUAUGUUCACCAACCAACUUAUCGUCGGCCCCAACACAUCUUGGAAUGAGUCUGCUGCGGACGAUGAGUUCUGGCUCACAGAUGGUGCAAAUUCCAUUGCAGAGUUCUUACUUUACCGGAGUCACCUCUUCAGCUAUGCUGCGACUGAAGUUCGUUCGGCAGCGCAAGCUCGGUCGCCGGCUUUGCAUGCCCAUAUUCUAUCCAUCUUGCUUGGCAAGGUUGUUACAGAGACAGCCACGUCAACUUCCAAUCCCUCCAUCUUCGACUUGUUCGAUUUCGCGGAUCUCGAUGUUGGCCCUGAGCCCAGCGCCCCUAGCCUCUCUCUUCUCCAUGGUGUUUUCCUGCAGGUUGAGCAAAAGCAGAAAGAGGGCGUGUACGACCCCGACGGUGUUGAUCAAAUGAUUCACAUUCGACGGGCAGAGUUAGCUUCCUAUGGAGUUCUCCGGGCACAGAAUGAGGAGCAACUUCUUUUCGAAGCCCAGCUCCUGAAAUCCUACAUUAUCGAAAUGGGCCAGAAACGAGUCGUUCGGGAAAAUCGCUACCUCGCCCUCCGAUCCUGGGUGGAGCUGGUUGCCACCCUCAUCACUUGCUCCGCUCUGGAGGAAGAAAGUAAACCCGUGUUCAUUCUUCACACGAUCCAACUGAUCAGCCCUAAGCUCACGGCAGCUAUCGAGGCCGGCCUCCCUGACGCGCUUGAAUUGGCACGACUGGCUGAAUUACUGAUCGGUGCUCUUGCCUCCGGUGCAUCAACGGCGUCUCGCAGCGGGGAUGUGAUCGAUGAAAAACUACACCAGCUUUUCCUACUGUGUAUGCGCGGCACGAACUUGGCUACAGGAAACGUACUAUUGAGGGAAACCCUCUAUGGUAUCUGCUCUCACUAUGUCAAUCGCAUCACAUCGUCAACUAAGACACAUGAAAACCUCCGACGUCUUAGCCAGCAGGUCAUCAAAUCGUCCGGAUCUCGUCUCAUCGAGACCAUCUGCGACGACGCCUACACUGGCCAAGAAUCUUCCCGUGCAUCUGCUCUUGUGCUAUUGAACAGUUUGGCGGUCUUGGAUCGCCAAACUGAUUGUGUUCUAGCAGAGCAUAUCUCUCGGUCGAAUUACCUCAGCCUCUUCUUGGACGUGCUUCGAUCUCUUCCCGUUGAACUUGACAACGCUCAGGAAAGCGAUACCCCAGCACUGCUAUCCUACUACGAGUCCUUGUUGUCUUUCCUCCAACGUCUGUCCCAAACAAAGAAUGGCGCAAAGUGUGUUCUCAACUCUGGUCUCUUCCAGGCCGUUCACGCCUCGCGUCUUUUCGCCGCAGACCCCGACAUUGGCAUAGACAUCGAAAACCCCGACGCUCUGCAACGAUACUAUGACCUUCUAUUGUCGGUCCUUCGACUCGUGGUGUAUACCGUCUUUUCUCGUGGAAUCGAUAACGCGCAGAUCCAGGAGCAGACUCGAUCAUUCUUGGCUACAAACCGGCCCUGCAUGGUCGGGAUCUUCAAGCGGUCUGCCAAUAUUGGGAGCACAUCCUCUGCCCACCAAGCCACUCUCCACGAGUUGGUCAAGGCGUUUAUUUCUCUUGUUUCUGCCACGGACUUUAUGGAGGUAUGUAUCUGA